CAUCUAAUGGUGAAAUGAUACAACUACAGGUUUUCUUCUCUCAGGUCAAUGAACUAAAGGAGGAGAAGAAGAAGCUGCAGGAGGAGAUGGAGACCAGAAACAAAGAGAUGGAGGAGAUGAAAGAUGAGUUGGAGAAAAACAAAGCUGCUGCUUCCAAGUCUAUCUGGCCUUUCAGGUCGUCUAGUUCCAACAAACAGAAGGAGGAGACUUUGCAGUUGGAGGAAAACACAGCUGCUACUUCCACGACAACCUGGUAUGUUGAGAUCAACCAAGAAGAGGAACAACAGCAAGAGACAUGUCUAGAUGGCAAAAACAAGCUGGAAACCAACACAGAGAACAGCAGCAGCUCAGACAGUCAGGAGACGUCAGGAGACAUCGAUGUGGUGGUUAAUGACAACUACAAGUUUAUCAGUCUGAGAAACGAGUCUGAUCAGGACAAACCACUGGGAGGACGUCAGUUAAAAGUCCAGAUCAACAAUAGUGAACCCAUCACAUACACAUUUCAUCCAUCAAUGGAACUCAAGGCUGGAAAGUCUGUUACUUGAUACCGUCCAGACUAUAAGCCUCUUUAUGCUGUCCCUGGUGACCUGGUGUGGGAGGACCUGAAGCCCUGGAAGUCUGGAGACAGAGUCCAGGUCUCUCUGCAGUGAAAUAGUUCCCAGUUGAAUUCCUUCAAUAAAGUUCAGAAAUCCAGCAAACAGCAACAUUACAGAUGAGAAACAGCACGACUCAGAUCUUC